AUGGAGAUGUUACGUGAUGAUAAUCAAUGGAUUUCUAGCUCCAUGGCCAAAAGAGAAAGGGAAGUUCAUACAAAAGCGGAGCCUAGCAGGAAACCAAGGAUUCUGCUUGCUGCUAGUGGGAGUGUGGCUGCCAUCAAGUUUGCAAACCUCUGCCAUUGUUUCUCUGAAUGGGCUGAAGUAAAAGCGAUCGCUACCAAAGCUUCUCUGCAUUUCAUUGAUAAAGCAGCGCUUCCUAAGGAUGUUGUUCUAUACACAGACGAGGAUGAAUGGUCUAUUUGGAGCAAGAUUGGGGAUAACGUGCUGCAUAUUGAACUCCGUCGAUGGGCUGAUGUCAUGAUUAUUGCCCCAUUAUCAGCUAAUACCCUCGGGAAGAUUGCGGGGGGAUUGUGCGAUAACCUGCUGACUUGUGUUGUCCGAGCAUGGGACUACGAGAAGCCACUUUUUGUGGCACCUGCCAUGAACACAUUCAUGUGGACCAACCCUUUCACAGAAAGACAUCUCAUGGGAAUCGAUGAAAUCGGGAUUACCCUAAUCCCUCCUGUUUCAAAGAGGUUGGCUUGUGGAGAUUAUGGUAAUGGUGCAAUGGCUGAACCAUCGGUGAUCUACUCUACUGUGCGGCUGUUCUUAGAGUCACGGAAUCAACAAGGAGAUCGAAAAACCAGCUAA